AUGGAUGCAUGUUACAAUCAUACAAGCUCUCAGAAAAGGAUCGACUUCCCCUUGCAGUUGUUGGUUGGAGCCUGCCUCACCAUCCUCAUCGUGAUCACUCUCUGUGGUAACAUCAUGGUCUGCCUGGCAGUCACCCUUGACCGCCGGCUCCGCAGUUUGACAAACUGCAUCAUUGUCUCCUUGGCCGUCACUGACUUGCUGCUGGGCCUCCUGGUGCUGCCAUUCUCUGCCUUCUAUGAACUGACCAAAGAGUGGCCCUUCGGCAGCACUCUGUGCAACGUCUAUAUGAGCCUGGACGUCAUGCUGUGCACGGCUUCCAUCCUCAACCUCUUCAUGAUCAGCCUGGACCGCUACUUUGCUGUCACCACCCCACUCCGCUACAGUCAGGUGGUCACUCCUCCCCGGGUCACUGUGGGUUUGGUUGUUAUUUGGGCUGUUUCACUGAUGGUCUCCUUCCUACCCAUCCACCUGGGCUGGAACACCAAUGGGACAGCAGUCCAAAACACAGUCCCCAGCUGCAACAAGGAGUGCACGCUGGAGGUGAACCCUGUGUAUGGGCUAGUGGAUGCCUUGCUCACCUUCUACAUUCCUUUGGUCAUCAUGUGCAUCACCUACUAUCGGAUACUCAAGAUAGCAAGGGAGCAAGCCAAGAGAAUAAACCACACAUGGUGCUGCAGCAGCAACAGCCCCAUGCCACCCAUGGUGAAAGAGCACAAAGCCACCAUAACGCUGGCAGUGGUGCUGGGAGCAUUCAUUGUGUGCUGGUUCCCCUAUUUCACAGUGUUUACCUACCGGGGGAUGUGGGGGGACAGCAGGGUGAAAGGCACACCCAUGUCUAUUGUCCUCUGGCUGGGCUACGCCAACUCAGCCCUGAACCCCAUCCUCUACGGGACACUCAACAGGGAUUUUCGGGUGGCAUACCAACACUUAUUGCACUGCUGGAGGAUUGGGAGCCCCAGGGGCUCCUGCCUGCCUCCCUUCCAGAAGGCCCAGUCCAGGGGCAGGACUUGCAGGCAGGGCCAGGGCAGGCAGGAGGGUAAACCCCUGAAACUGGAGAUGAGGAACGGGAAGGGAAUCUUGCUGACUGAUGGAGCCCUCAAGAGCACUGGAGCUUUCCCAUGA